CCGGACCCGGAAGUCAGAUGUUGCUGUUGAGUCACCCCUGACUGGUAACAGCCAGAUAGCGGAAAACAACCAGAGAUGAUGCUGGAGAGCUCGGCAUCUUUGAACCGAACCAGAGAGUGAAUAAAUGCGGGUUUCAAUUAGGAUAUCGCCUUGAGCAUUUGUGCUUCACUUUAUAAGACUGACGUUUUAUCAAAAUGAUGGAAGAAAUUGACCGAUUUCAAGUGCCACCAGUAAAUCCAGAGAUGAAGCUGCUGGAUCCUGCAGCAACGUCCACUUUAGAGGCUGAAACAGGAACGAGAGAACCAGAGUCAGUCACUCUCAACUACAAGCCCUCCCCGCUGCAAGUAAAGAUAGAGAAACAACGAGAACUUGCAAGGAAGGGCUCGGUGAAGAAUGGAACUGUGGGUAGUCCAGUCAAUCAGCAACCCAAGAAAAAUAAUGUUAUGGCCAGAACAAGGUUGGUUGUACCUAAUAAAGGCUAUUCCUCCUUAGACCAGAGUCCAGAUGAAAAGCCACUCGUAGCACUGGACACUGACAGUGACGAUGACUUCGAUAUGUCCAGAUACUCAUCGUCUGGAUAUUCCUCAGCCGAGGUGAGAUGUCUGAGGGACCAGCAAAUAAACCAAGACUUAAACAUCCAGCUCCUGAAGGAUGGCUACCGAUUGGACGAAAUCCCAGAUGAUGAAGACCUGGACCUCAUCCCCCCCAAAUCAGUCAACCCUACCUGCAUGUGCUGCCAAGCCACUUCCUCCACAGCCUGUCAAAUUCAGUAACCCCACCCUCCCUUGAACCCCUUCUGUCCCAACCCUGUGACUUAAGCUCACAGUUAAUAUCCUCAGCAUAGAUUAACUGCUAAAGAAGUUAAAAACAAUAGAAUGGGUGUAUUAAAAUUAGUAUAAAAUAGGGAAAAAAUAUGCACAAGAAGUAUGUAACUGUCAUUGGUUCCUCCUAUGGUAGGACGUGAGUCUUUGCAUCAUCACCAGAGGGCACUAGACUUAGGUGUGGAUAGCUGUAAGAUGCGUUGAAGUGUAUAGAAAUGCAUGGUGCAACACUAAAAUGAUACAGCUGCUUAAGUAUCUUUUAAAACAGAACAAAAAUGAACAGUUCACACUACAGAUUUCUCAGUACCCUUCUAUGGAACGGAAAUUAGUCUUAAAGGGGUCAUGACGGAUUUGAGGUUCACUUAUAGUUUUUUUUUUUUUUUUGCACUAUAUAUAUAUAUAUAUAUAUAUAUAUAUAUA